CGUGCCCAGCGCUACACUCCCGACUGGUCAUCGCUGGACACCCGGCCGCUGCCGUCGUGGUUCGACGAGGCCAAAAUCGGCGUGUUUCUCCACUGGGGCGUCUUCUCGGUGCCCAGCUUCGGAAACGAGUGGUUCUGGCACAGCUGGCACGAACAGUAUCCCGCGUACGUGGAGUUUAUGAGGCGCAACUACAGACCGGGCUUCACGUACCAGGACUUCGCCCCGCAGUUCACGGCCCAGUUUUUCGACCCUAAUCACUGGGCCGACAUCUUCGCCAAGUCGGGAGCCCGGUAUGUGGUGUUGACGGGCAAGCACCACGAGGGCUUCACGCUGUGGCCCUCCAAGGUCUCGUGGAACUGGAACGCCCAAGAUGUGGGACCACACCGGGACCUGGUGGGAGAUCUGGCAGACGCUGUUCGGCGCCGCGCAGGAUUGCGGUUCGGCGUUUACCACUCCAUGAUGGAUUGGUACCACCCGCUGUACCUGGCUGACAAGGCAUCCGGAUUCGAGAGCUCCCUCUUUCCACCAGCCAAGGCCAUCCCUGAACUGGUGGAGAUCGUGGAAAGGUACGAACCGGACAUUGUGUGGUCCGACGGAGAAUGGGAAGCGCCGGACACCUACUGGAACAGCACUUCUUUCCUCGCCUGGCUAUACAACGACAGCCCCGUCCGCUCCAGCGUCGUGGUCAACGACCGCUGGGGCAAAGGGGUUCGCUGCAAGCACGGAGAUUUCUUCAACUGCGACGAUCAGUUCAACCCGGGUGUGCUGCAGCCGCACAAGUGGGAGAACUGCCUGCCAAUCGACCAGGGCUCUUGGGGUUACAGACGCGACGCAGACCUGUCGGACUACCGCACAAUUGGCCAGCUUCUCGACAUCCUGGCGAGCACGGUCAGCUGCAACGGCAACCUGCUCAUCAACGUCGGCCCGACCAAGGACGGCAUCAUCUCUCCGAUUUUCGAAGAGCGGCUCACACAGUUGGGCCAGUGGCUCUCCGUCAACGGCGAAGCAGUCUACGGAUCGAAGCCCUGGAAGUACCAGAACGACACGGCCACGCCGAACGUGUGGUACACGGCCAAGGACGACGUGGUGUACGUGUACGUCAUGAGGUGGCCCAAGAACGAGCGGCUCUACCUGGAAUCAUUGGAACUGUCGCCGCACAGUAGGGUUACGAUGCUGGGGCUGCCGACCGAACAGGAGUUUGCAUGGGCGUCAGCUCAUUCUGCGGGAAACGCGAUAAACAGUCGAGCUGCUCAGAAGGGCACGGUGGUGUCCUUUCCCAAGCUGACACCAGACCAACUGCCCACGCCUUGGGCUUGGGUGCUAAAGGUGGAAGCCCCCAUGUAAAUUGAGAGUUGCAUGGAUAGUAUCGCAAUCAAACUUUUUUUUCGUUUCCCACGGGGGGAAGAGGGGAAGGAGCGCGAUCCAGACGGCGUCCGCAUUGAGGCCGGGGACCUGUAGUCGCAAUAAAUAUGCGUCGCAGAAGGCACGCGAAAAACUCGGUGAUUUCUGUGAUCAAACAUUUGUAGUUUGGUUUUCUUCUUUUCUACGGCCCGAAUAAACUUCAAGAUUCACUAGCAACCGGUAGCGACCAACGAAAACGCGUAACAGAUACAUUCGCUCCUUGCA